ACGCGUCAGGCCCUGGUAGCGGGCAGGCGCUAGUGCGCAGACGCGAGGAGCCGGCGCAGGCGCACGGGGCGGUAGGUUGCAGUCCGUUUCUCCCGGAGUGCUCUGCGGCUCACGGCUCACUCUCGCCCGUUGGCUGGUGGGAAGGGAUCAAAAUGGCGGCGGCUGGUGCCGUGGCCAGUCGGCUGUUCCUGCUCUUGCUGGUGGCGGCCGCAGCUCCCAGUCGCGCGCGAGGCAGUGGUUGCAGGUCCGGGGCUGCUGUGCGAGGGGUGGGGGCGGAAGGUCGAGAGGGCGAGGGCUGUGGCACCAUUGGGCUGCUGCUGGAGCACUCAUUUGAGAUUGAUGACAGCGCCCACUUCCGGAAGCGGGGCUCUAUACUGUGGAACCAGCAGGACAACACCUUGUCCCUGUCACAGCGGCAGCUCAACGAGGAGGAGCGGGGCCGCCUGCGGGAUGUGGCAGCCAUGAAUGGCCUGUACCGGGUCCGGGUCCCACGGCGGCCUGGGGCCCCCGAUGGCCCGGAAGCUGGCGGCUACGUCUCCUCCUUCGUCCCCGCGUGCUCCCUGGUGGAGUCGCACCUCUCGGAUCACCUCACGCUGCACGUGGACGUGGCUGGCAACGUGGUGGGCGUGUCGGUGGUGACGCACCCCGGGGGCUGCCGGGGCCACGAAGUGGAGGACGUGGACCUGGAGCUGUUCAACACCUCUGUGCAGCUGCAGCCGCCCGUCACGGCCCCAGGCCCGGAGACCGCCGCCUUCAUUGAGCGCUUGGAGAUGGAGCAGGCCCAGAAGGCCAAGAACCCCCAGGAGCAGAAGUCCUUUUUUGCCAAAUAUUGGAUGUACAUCAUUCCAGUCGUCCUCUUCCUCAUGAUGUCCGGAACGCCAGAUGCUGGGGGCCAGGGGGGUGGCGGCAGUGGAGGUGGUGGCGGGGGCAGUGGCCGGUGAGGGACUCGGGGCCAGUCAGUGCCCACCCGUCUCUUUCACCCAGGGGACUGCUUUCCUGCCCAGAGUGCCCAUGUCCUUGUCACCCCAAAAGGGACUUGCUGGCACUCCCCAAGAGUCCCUUCCCUGUGGGCCUUGGUGUUCCUGGCAGGGGUGGGGUGGCUGCCCCUCCCCCACGGCCCUGCUGUAGUCCCCAGGGCCUCCCUUUGCCCACAGGCUGGGGCCCACGCCCCUGGGCCCUUCCAAUCUGGUGGCUGAUACCCCCACACCCCCACACCCUGCAGUCCGGGAAUGUGCCCGUGCUCUCCAGCCCCCGUGCCUUUGUGGACGGCCCAGCUCCUCUGCCACGCUCCUGUCGCUCUGCCCUCGUGGCACGGAGCAGGCCUGGGCAGCCAGGCUGGCCCUGCCCCGGGCCCUGCUCUGCCCUUUUUCUGCCCAGGAUGCCAGACCCUGCAUAGGCUUCUGGGCUCUCGGAAGCGAUGUUUAAAACCAGCACAAAGUGAACUAGCCGCAGGGAGUGGAGCGCAGGGCCCGGGGUGUCGGUGGAGUCCCACCCAGCCUGAGCGGUCCUCCCUGGGACGCUGGCACUAGGUGAGGUGCCCUGGCCUUUGCUGUUUAUUCCCCACACUUGUCUGUUUAAAGAACAUUGACGAGAAUGGGUUAAAA